UUUUAAAAAACCAGCCACCUAUUCCCUCCCUGCCGGCAUAACGUUUCCCAACACUCACCUCUCCGACGAUCUCCAGGCUCCAGCCGGCGCCCCAGCCACCUCCCCUGCACCGACAACCCUGACUCCGGCAUCCCGCCUCUCCCAUUACCUACCAGACUCCCACAAAAACCACUAAAAACUCAUCCCCAACCCCGAAACCCCAAAUCGCUCCUCCCCCACCCCUAAAAUCCGAGCGACUCGGACUUGAAGGGAAAUGGAAGGAAAACUCCCUUAACAAAAUUUUUCCUUGCCUUUCCUCCCAAAAUUUCUCCCAAAAGAAAGAAAUUAAUUCCAUUGAACUUAAAUUAGUUUCCCCUUCCCUUUUUUCCCUUUACUAAUGUCAUACCAAACAAAUAAACAAUAGAUUAAUUCCCUUCUUUUACUAAUAUCAACCAAACAUUGGAUGCCUACGGGUCAAAUCCCGGCGAUGAGUACGGAGGGGGAGGAAGCUCCACGGCGGCGGGUGUCCUGCAUGCCUUGCUUCGACGCCCUCUGGUUUUGCUAUUCACCAGUUCAUCAGGUGCAGCAAUAUUAUCGGCUUGGAGUUCUCGACAAUUGUUCAGGGAAGUGGAGUAAUCUUGUUGAUUGCUUGACUUUGAAAACUAAGAGUUCAGCUGAAUUGCAGGAAAUUUUGGAAACACGUGAGAAAGAAAAGCAGCACAUUUGGUCUUUUAGGACACCAGAAGAAUCAGCUGCUAAAUGGCAACAGUGGUACGGACAGUUAGAUGUACCAGAGUAACUACUUCCUACGAGUUGCACUUUUUCAGAGGACACCCUCAAUUACUAGUUCAUUUCAGUGAUUUAACGAGAGAUCCAUAUCAAAGUGGAGACUCUAACCUUUUACAAGCUAUUUUUCUAUUUUUUACCAAUAUAUUACAGAAUUUUCAAUUCCAAUUAGGAUUGAAUUCUACUAUUAGCAAAGCUAUUGAAUCAGAGGGUAUUAUACAUUGGAACCAGCAUGUGCUACUUGGACAUAUGAGGUAACCAAACUUAUUGACUUCAAUAGGAACACAGGAACACCUUGUCAUGUGUUGCUGAUAAUUUCAUCGUCGGAGGUCGUAACUUUUGCUUGAACUCAUCAUAAGAAAUCAAUCAUCUUUGUCUUCAUUUAUGAAAUAAGAUAACAUACAAUUGCUUAA